GCGCCACUUCCGACUCAGGCCUCGGUUCGGGUUCCGGGGCGCCGCGGAGCUCCCGGCCCGUGCACCGCGCGCGGCCCUCUGGGCAAUCCGGCGCUAGGCGCCGUGCGGCCUCCGGGAUGGAGGAGGCCGUAGCGUCGGUGGCCACGGCCGGGGAGGCCGAACUGAACUGGUCCCGCCUCAGCUUGUCCCCUGAGACGCUGGAGUCUGAGCUGGAGGCGCGAGGCGAGGAGCGGCGCGGCUCGCGGGAGGCGCUGCUGCGUCUGCUGCUGCCUCACAACCGUCUGGUGUCACUGCCACGGGCGCUAGGCAGUGGCUUCCAGCACCUCCAGCUGCUGGACGUGAGCGGCAACGCGUUGACCACGCUCGGGCCAGAGCUGCUCGCGCUGCACGGCCUGCGCACGCUGCUAGCCAAGAACAACCGGCUCGGCGGGCCCAGCGCGCUGCCCAAGGGCCUGGCCCAGUCGCCGCUCUGCCGCAGCCUCCAGGUGCUCAACCUCAGCGGCAACUGUUUCCAGGAAAUGCCCGCCUCGCUGCUGGAGCUGCGCGCCCUGCAGACCCUGAGCAUGGGCGGCAACCAGCUGCAGAGCAUCCCCGCUGAGAUCGAGAACUUACGGAGUUUAGAAUGUUUAUAUCUUGGGGGAAACUUCAUCAAAGAAAUCCCACCAGAAUUAGCAAAUCUGCCUUCUCUGACUUACUUGGUAUUAUGUGACAACAAAAUCCAAAGUGUGCCUCCUCAGCUUUCACAGUUGCAUUCACUUCGUUCCCUCAGUCUUCACAAUAACUUGCUGACAUAUCUUCCUCGAGAGAUCCUCAAUCUUAUUCAUCUGGAAGAAUUGAGUUUACGAGGAAAUCCAUUGGUUGUUCGUUUUGUUAGAGAUUUAACCUAUGACCCUCCAACUCUCUUGGAAUUAGCUGCACGGACCAUUAAGAUACGAAAUAUCUCCUACACCCCCUAUGAUCUUCCUGGGAAUCUUCUUAGAUACUUGGGUUUAGCCAGCAAUUGCCCAAACCCAAAAUGUGGAGGAGUCUACUUUGACUGCUGUGUCAGACAAAUUAAAUUUGUAGACUUCUGUGGGAAGUAUCGCCUCCCACUGAUGCACUACUUGUGUUCUCCGGAAUGCUCUUCCCCUUGCAGUUCUGCCUCUCACAGCUCCACAUCCCAGAGCGAAUCUGACUCAGAAGACGAGGCUAGUGUUGCCGCACACAGAAUGCAGAAAGUUCUUCUUGGUUGAACAAGGGUGGUGCGAAAUACUAAAAAACUGAGCAAAGGUGGUUAAAAAAGAAAAUAGAGCUUGAAGUUUACUAGAAACCUUAUCUUCAUUCUGAAUGUCUAUGAAAGAGUCGAGGAUGAUGUAAAAGAUUUUGUUUUAUCUACCCAUUCAGCAGGAAUGAGUCCAGUUCCAUGUUUGGAUUCUUUGAAUAUAAUUUACUCUGAAUGGCAGUUCCAUAUUGGGCUGAUAGUUUGCAAUUUUCACUCUAGUUUUGCAUGAAUCACACAGUAGAAUGGUACAUUCUAAAGAGCAGUGCUAUGAAAAGCCAUGAGUAUGAGUAGUGUAACUUGUAGCAGUUGAGAUGAAGAAUGCAGGACGUUAUCAAAACUGUAGUUAUUACCAGAGUUGUCCUGGGGUUUAGGUUGAACCAUUAUCAGAAUUAGCCGUUCCUUCUUAUAUUGCCCAUAUGUUUAGAUUACACAGCUAUUAAGAUAAGCUCACACAUGGUUACAUAGGACCUAAACUAUUCUGACCAAAUAACUGGUAAAGUAAGGGAUAUAACUUUUAAGUGGGAUAUUAAAACUCUUCAGUUCUUCUCCUUUGUUCUAUAUGAUUGUUAUUAACAUGUAAUCCCACAAUGACUGUUCUAGUGCCUUAGUCCUAGCAAGGAUAUAGAAAUUUAUUCAAGAAAUAAUUCCAGAGCAACCUAAAACAUGACAUACUAUACAGAACACUUUAAAAUGUGCUUUAACAGAACUAGGUCAACAACUGUAUAUCCAAUAUCUGAUCUCAUAGCCAUUUGACUUUCAUUUUUUCGUUCAAAUGUAUAGUAAUCCCUUCUAAGCACAUCACUUUUACACUUAAUGGAAGGCCACAAUCUUAAUCUUCUCAUAAGACAGAAUAAUAGUUUUUGACAGAAAAUUCUGAAAGAAAUGUAAACUAGGAAAGCUGCUUUAUAUCUUGCAUUAAAUGAGUGGAGAAAAAAAGUGACUCCUUUGCCUAUGUAAUCUGCUGAACUGUAACUUUCUUUACAUUUAAAAGAGAAACUAUUGAUGAUACAACUGGAAAAGCAUGACAAGAGGCUAAAUAAAAUUGGAGGAAGGAGUCAUUGUGUUUAUACACAAUAGAAUAGUUUCCAAAACUACUUUAGCCAUGGGAAUACUUUUUAAAAAUAAAGUAUUGAUAAAGUAGAAAAAAAGUAUUAACUAUAUUGUAUCCAUAAAAUAUAGCAGAAAAACAGUUUCACAAAUUAAUUCCCAUUAGAAAUUACCAAAUUUUUAUUAACUAGUUUAAUAUGCAAUAAAUAUUGUAUAAUAUAGCACAACUAUAAGUUGAUAUUAUAAAGUACACAAACAUUUAUAGUAAUCAUUAGAUAACCAACCUGUAAUAACAUGAUGUUUAGUUGGUAACUGCUAAAUAUACAAUAGUAUACAGAUGAGACAAGUGUUAGAACAUCAGAUGAUCUCUUUUUUGACUUCUGGCAUUCAUGACCGGGCAAAUCAUUUCUUUUUUUUUUUUUUAAUCAAGAUCAUUAAGUAUGGGCACAUAAUUUCUUAAAGGCAGAGUGUUGUAUAAUAAUGAUAUAUGUGUAUUAGGAUUUUUUCAUAUAUAUUUUUUACUGUAGAAGAAACUGUAGUAUAGGAUAAUUCAGGGUUUAUGUGUUUAUUUGUAUGUUAAUUCAUGAAACAUGAGAGUUUCAUGAACUGCAGUUGUGAAACGCUGCUAUAGAGUGAAUCCCUUCCCCUUUACCUUGUUAUAAUGUAGUAAUUUUUCUUUUUGGUUCAGAAAUUUUAUACGUCUAUAGAAGUAAUCCAAUGUUUCUACUGCCUAGCAAAGUGAUACAUGCGUGCUUAUAUCAUAAAAUAGAGGUAAUAAAGUCUUUGCUGACUUUUCCGUGUGAGCCACAGCAUGCUGCAAACUGCAUAAUUAUGAAAGGUAAAGAUGACUUAGGCUAUGCCUAAGCGACAAACCUAAAAUGUUUUGUAAGUGACUUAGUUAAGAUACAUAAAAUAUUUUCGUAGAAAAUAAUGUAUUCAUAGUAAAAUACCUAAAUUGAUAGGACCAAAUUUUUUUGCCUUAAAUACCUGUGCUUAACAGCUUGAAUAGUCUUCUAAGAGUUAAUCUUUGUAAAAUAAAUUGGUAGGUAUGUAAAUGUAGUACUUAAACUUACAUACCCUUUCCAGCUUCCUAGAAAGAAGGUAUACUGUUUCAUCUUUUACAGAUAUAAAUAGGUCCAACCAGAAACAGUUUCUAGCCUUUGCUAUGUAUUGUAGAUGUAUACCACAUCUUUCAACAAAAUGUUCUUUCAACAAAAUGUGGUUCUGUGUACUGUUGAAAAAUCUAUGACCAAUGUACAACUAUCUUUGGUAAACUUUUAAUGAAACCUAUAUUUUAACUGUUAGUGUUAUCUUUUUUAAAAAUAUUUGACCUAACCUUUUAUAAGAGCUGCUAAUAACUUCUAAGAUUUUCCUGUUUUCUUUUUCCUACCUUCCCUUUUUGCAUAAAUGAUGAUUACAGAAAUUAAUCAGAAGGUGAGAGACAAGGGACUUGAUAAUCUAGAAACCAUAUAAUCAGCUCUCAAGUCAUAUAGCUGACUAUGUAUUUAAAAUGACAGUCUCUUUAGUUCCUAAGUCACGUGUUUGUAUUUAAUUACAGUUAAACUUUAAUUGGGCUUUUAAAAAGACAUUUACAGAAUCAGCAAAGUCUGAUUUUCAUAAUGAAAUAACUUUUUGAUCCCACUCUACUUAGAUAAUUUUAGUUGCCAAAACUGUGACUAAAACUACUUAAGCAAAACAUUAAUCUGUUUAGAAUGGAAUUCUUCACUGCUAAUAUUUGAAAUUGGAAUGAAUACAUUAUACAUUUCUUAGUAGUCUUUAUUCCUAGAAUCCAUUUCUCUCAGCAUCACCAAACUGAGUUGUGUGAGAUAGUCCUAGGAUUUUAGAAAAUAGGAAGAUUAGUUAAUACAAUAUUUUGAUUCCAUGGUGCCAGGGAUUGGCUGAUGCAAGGACCAGCUGGUCAGGGUUCUCACUAUUCCUGUAUUUUGAAUAGUGGAGGUAGAUCCAAAGCUGACUGGUCAUAUUUUACAUCUAAAUGUGUGCUGAAGGGGUCUUGUUCCACAAUUCUUGAUAUUUAGAACUUUUUUUUACCACAUUCAAAAGUAAAGAUUUGCAUUGUAAACUGUACCUCAAAUUUGAGAAAUUUUUGUGUUGAUAUAAAUAAAAGUAGAAGGCGGUCCACAAGAGUGCAUUGUAAUACUGCAGAACAGUUCUACCAAUGUUAUAAAUAUCAGGUUUAAACAAAAGAAGAGAAGGAAAAGGCUGAUUGCUGGAGUGUUAAAUGAAAUCUUUGAAAGCAACAAAGGGCAAGGAAAGAAAAGUCACCGGACACCUACAGAUAGUCCUGGGCCAAGAAAGCUUUUUAAAGUCAUAGUGAAUUGUUUUAAAAUUAAGUUAUUAAGUGGCCUACUGACUACCAUUUGAAAGCCUUUAUCACUAAAUUUAUUCAGCCUCCACUAUUGGGAAAUUAGCCACAUUCCUCCAUAAUGAAGGGCCAGCAAAUAAUAGGAUUUCCUUACAGCUAACCUUGUUCUUCCCAAAGGGAGAAAGUAAUACCUCAUUAACCUGGAAUUUGUGGUACAACAGGUAGCCUAGGUUAAUGUUUAUUUUUUCACUAUGUAAAAAAGUAAAAACACUAAGCAAAUAGUGCAAAUAAAGUUUGGUCUUUUAAAGCAUUUUAGUAAUAGCUAUUUAUAUAAAAAGUGGUUAUUUUUCCUAAAUCUUCAUAAGACCCUUUGUAGGUAAAACUUUUAUCAAGUAUAGCAUGUGUAUAUAAGAUUAGUUAUGCUGCAUUUAGUUAGAAGUACCUAAUUUUUAGCUAAAUGAUCCCCUUCUCAUCCAAAAGUAGAGAUUUUAGGUCAGUAUAUAUAUUACUCCCCAUUUAGCCUAAAAUAAUGAGCUUUUAAGUUAUGCUUGGUGUUUAACAACAGUAAAGGCUAUUAUAUAGGUUUUUAGGCACUGUGACCUGUAAUAUGUAGUUCUGAUUCCCUCUGUAUUGUAAAAAAAGUAUUUGACCUUCACUGUUUCUAUAUUAAGCACUAUACUCUAUAUAAUAUUAAUGAAUUUUAUAGCAUGCAAUUUUAUAUUUUCAUUGUAAUCAUGAUCUUUUUAAAGGUUGCAGUGAUUUCAGUUGUCAGAAAGUACGUGCCUUAAAUCCUCCACUGUAGACCCAAAGUUUGGGAAUGAGAUCAUUUAAUAAGUUGUUUGUGACAGCCUCGUGACCUUUUGAAUUUGACUUGAGUGAGAAAAACUGAUGCUAAGAGAUUCCUUCCCCUAAAAUGGCCUAACGUGUAUGAGUCUAGGGCUUCUAGGGAGGGAACCUCAAUCAUGCAUACCGUCCCAGAAGGUGAAUGCCAUAAAGAUCAGGGUCCCCCGAAAUAAAGUCAGUGAAAAGGUAUAUUCUCUUAUAUGUUAUUUUAUUUAAAAAAUUUAACUGGUGCCACCAAAGAAUGAUAACAGUUUCUAAUCAUCUUCAUAUUUAUAGCAUCAUAUGAAGAUAUUGUGAGGACUAGCAUAGCUUGUAGUCUUGUAAUAUAGGUUCAAGAGGGGAUAUGUUUUAAUAUUUUUGUACGUAAAUAUCCCCAUUCUUUGUUUAUCUCUCCUUGGUCCGUAUUUACUAAGAAUUGUUGUAAAAAAUAACAGUUUGCUAACAUUACACAUUGUUGAACACUCACAGGGUAAUAGUGAUUUGGGUGCUACUAGACUUUUAACUAGCAUUGGUCAGUCUAAAUAAUUCUUGUAAGGGACAGUAUUCAAUCUAGUAAAUAUUAAAAUCUAUUAGUUUAAUGAAGGUUAUUUAUAAACUGUUAUAUCAGAAAGCCAUAGUAAAAAGACCGUCUGCAUUCACAGAACUUAAUUUGUUCCUUUGGCUGUGAAUACAUUGGGUAAGACUGUUUUUUUGUAAAUUCCAGCUGGGGGAAGAUACUGGGAUAAGAUUGACAUUGCUAUUGUUGGUAUUGCAAAAACUUUAUAAAAUUGGUUAAUUCUGUCUACAAUUGAUAUUUAAGAGAAUCCUUUCACUAACUUAAGUGAUUCACAUUGAUGUGUUAUUGAGAAAGAGUAUUAACCUCAACAGUUACUUUAUAACAAUCAUGUAAAAGACUUGUGUGCCAGCAGUUGAGGUUCAUUGCAUUUCUGAGACCACUUUGUAUGAGAAACAAAAACAUAGUGGGAGAAAAAUUUAGAAUAACCAGUAUUUUAACUUUUCAUAAAAUUUGGGACCUCAAAGGAUACUAAAAAUAUAUUGACUUUUACUUUGAUCAAAUUUUUAUGCUCUGAUUUCUUAAUUUUCUGUAUUUGAAAUCUUGUGAAUUAUGAUCUACAUCUAUAGAUACAUAAAUAAUUAUAACUUAAUGGUAAAGAUAAAUGUAAUUUGGCAACAUCAUUCAACAAUUAAGUUUUAUUUUUGAGAUAAGAUAUUGUUUAUUGUAUCAAAUUUGUAUAUUACCUUGUAAUUCUAAGUGCUCUAAAAAGAAUAUUUAGGCUACUUCAACUCUAGUGCCUUCCCCCGUCCCAGACAUACAAAAGAAUGUGAUCUUGUAUUAACAAACCCUGUGUGUGAAUUUUGCCUUAUCAAACAUUGUGCCUUAUUUCAUUAAAAGUGUUUUGUUGGAAUCCAAUUCUGUAUUCUGGAAAAGUAACAGUAUUUUAGUCUUGAUUGAUGAGCAUUUACUUUUUUAAAGAAUCUAAAAAUCCUUA